AUGCAAUGCCUAGGAAUCCGCAGCCGGACCCGCUCCAGAGAGCUCUACCUGCAGGAGCAGAGCCUCAAGGUGGCAGCGCUCAAUGGGCAGAGGCUGGGCCUACAGGAUGAUGAGGACCUACAGGUCCUGCUGAAGGGCAGCCAGCUCCUGAAGGUGAAGUCCAACUCAUGGCGGCGGGAGCGUUUCUACAAGUUGCAGGAAGACUGCAAGACCAUCUGGCAGGAGUCCCGCAAGGUCAUGCGGACCCCAGAGUCCCAGCUGUUCUCCAUUGAGGACAUUCAGGAGGUGCGGAUGGGGCACCGCACGGAGGGCCUGGAGAAGUAUGCCCGCGACGUGCCCGAGGACCGCUGCUUCUCCAUCGUCUUCAAGGACCAGCGCAAUACACUAGACCUCAUCGCCCCAUCGCCAGCUGACGCCCGGCACUGGGUGCAGGGUCUGCGCAAGAUCAUCCACCACUCGGGCUCCAUGGACCAGCGGCAGAAGCUGCAGCACUGGAUUCACUCUUGCUUGCGAAAAGCUGACAAAAACAAGGACAACAAGAUGAGCUUCAAGGAGCUGCAGAACUUCCUGAAGGAGCUCAACAUCCAGGUGGAUGACAGCUACGCCCGGAAGAUCUUCAGGGAAUGUGACCGCUCCCAGACAGACUCGCUGGAGGAUGAGGAGAUUGAGGCCUUCUACAAGAUGCUGACCCAGCGGGAGGAGAUUGACCGCACCUUUGCGGAGGCCGCAGGCUCCAGGGAGACGCUGUCAGUGGAUCAGUUAGUGACGUUCCUGCAGCACCAGCAGCGGGAGGAGGCGGCGGGGCCUGCGCUGGCCCUCUCUCUCAUUGAGCGCUAUGAACCCAGCGAGACGGGUGAGGGCCUGGCUGGGGCCUUCAGCCUGCACUGCCUGGGUCUAACACUGGCUGGGAGACGCCUGGGGAGUGUCAGGAGCUGGAGGGAAGGGGGGUGCCUCAGCCUGCCCCAUGAAGGCAAGCAGAUGGGAGACAGGACUCCAGGCCUAGCCGCCACGCCUACCCGCAGGGCGCUGUGCAAGGGCUGCCGCUGCCUGGAGCUCGACUGCUGGGACGGCCCCAACCUGGAGCCGAUCAUCUACCACGGCUACACGUUCACCUCCAAGAUCCUCCUCUGCGACGUGCUCAGGGCUAUCAGGGACUACGCCUUCAAGGCGUCCCCCUACCCCGUCAUCCUGUCCCUGGAGAACCAUUGCAGCCUGGAGCAACAGCGUGUGAUGGCGCGACACCUGCGCACCAUCCUGGGCCCCAUGCUCUUGGACCGGCCGCUGGACGGGGCCACUACCAGCCUGCCUUCCCCUGAGCAACUGAAGGGGAAGAUCUUGCUGAAGGGGAAGAAGCUUGGGGGGCUCCUGCCCCCUGGCGGGGAGGGUGGCCCUGAAGCCACUGUCGUGUCUGAUGAGGAUGAGGCUGCCGAGAUGGAGGACGAGGCAGUGAGGAGCCGAGUGCAGCACAAGCCCAGGGAGGACAAGCUCAGGCUAGUGAAGGAGCUCUCCGAUAUGGUCAUUUACUGCAAGAGUGUCCACUUUGGGGGCUUCUCCGGCCCCGGCACCCCAGGACAGGCUUUCUAUGAGAUGGUGUCCUUCUCUGAGAACCGCGCCCUCCGACUGCUCCAAGAAUCAGGAAACAGCUUUGUUCGCCACAAUGUGACUCACCUGAGCAGGAUCUACCCUGCUGGGUGGAGAACGGACUCCUCCAACUACAGCCCCGUGGAGAUGUGGAACGGGGGCUGCCAGAUCGUGGCCCUCAAUUUCCAGACACCUGGCCCAGAGAUGGAUGUGUACCAGGGCCGCUUCCAGGACAACGGGGCCUGCGGGUACGUGCUGAAGCCUGCCUUCCUGCGAGACCCGAACUCGACCUUUAACUCGCGUGCUCUGGCUCAGGGGCCCUGGUGGACCCGGAAGCGGCUCAGUGUCAGGGUCAUCUCCGGGCAGCAGCUGCCAAAAGUCAACAAGAAUAAGAAUUCAAUCGUGGACCCCAAGGUGACGGUGGAGAUCCACGGCGUGGGCCGGGACACGGCGAGCCGCCAGACGGCUGUGGUCACCAAUAACGGUUUCAACCCGUGGUGGGACACAGAGUUUGAGUUCGAGGUGGUUGUGCCCGAGCUCGCCCUCGUGCGCUUCUUGGUGGAGGAUUAUGACGCCUCCUCUAAGAACGACUUCAUUGGCCAGAGCACCAUCCCCUUGGGCAGCCUCAAGCAGGGAUACCGCCACGUCCACCUCUUGUCAAAGAACGGAGACCAGCACCCUUCUGCCACCCUCUUUGUGAAGGUGUCUCUCCAGGACUAG